AAGACACCAGAGGGCACCACUCAAAUUAAAGAUAGAAAAUAAUAAUAAUAAUUACAAUGGAACAAUUUUGUAACAUUAUUCCUAAAGUGGAACUACAUGCUCAUUUGAAUGGUUCUCUAAGUUCUGAAACACUACUAAAGUUGAUGAAGAUGAAAAAUUUAACACAAUCUGAUCAGUUGAUUAAUCCAUCAUUGUUAACAUAUUCUGGAGGAAAAAAGACAAUGACUGAAUGUUUUAAGUUAUUUUCAUUGAUUCAUCAAAUUACUGAUUCCCCAGAAGCAAUAUAUAGAGCUGCUUAUGAUGUGAUCCAAGAUUUCAGUAAAGAUAAUGUAAGAUAUCUUGAAUUGAGAAGCACUCCACGUAAUAUUGAAGGAAAAAUGACAAAAGAACAAUAUAUAGAAUCUGUUUUAACUGCCAUAAAAGAUAAUGCUGAGAAGAAUCCCAAUAUUUCAGUUAAAGUGCUGUUAUCAAUUGAUAGAAGAAAUUCAUUAUCUGAAGCAUAUGAAACAGCAAAAUUAGCAGAAAAGUACAUGCAUUUGACAGAUAAUGAUGUAGUGGGAGUUGAUUUAAGUGGUGAUCCUCAGAUUCCUGGAAAAAAUAAGGAAACAGAAAUACUUUUGUCACUACCUCCAGAUAGAAUUGGCCAUGGAACAUUUUUACAUGAUUCUGAAAAUGCAAAAUCAAGAACAGAAAGUUUAAAAAUACCUAUAGAGAUGUGUUUAACCUCCAACCUUAUAUCUGGAACAGUGAAAUCAUAUGAAGAUCAUCAUUUUAAAUUAUGGUUUGAAAAAAAUCACCCCUGCAUAAUUUGUACUGAUGAUAAAGGAAUAUUUGGGACUUCUUUAUCACGUGAAUAUUACAUAACUGCAGAAAAGUUUUUGCUUUCUGAAGAUGAUGUAUGGAAUUUAUCAUACCAUAGCAUUGACUACAUUUUUGCAGACUUUGAUAUGAAAGAAACAUUAAAAAAUUCAUGGAUUAAAGAGAAAGAUAAAGUAUUUAAAGCAAUUAAAUAAUAAUAUGUAUAUGUAUAUAUGUAAUAACAAUUUUAAUUUGUACAAAUAAACUAAUUUUUUUAAGUUUAGUUACAACUUACAGUAGUUUUUGCACAAAUGUUCUUUUGUCUUGUCUUCUCUCUUUUCAUUCCUUUUCUUUUUCUUGUCUUUUGUCACGUGUUCAACUUCAUGCUCCUUUUGCACAGCAAAGUUUUGGGUAAUAAUGGGAUUCUUAUUUCCUAAACACCUUACAUUCCCCCACCUUAUAGAGCCAUUAAGAAGGUAAUAUUUUCUCAAUACAUGAAUAAACAUUCGUAGUUUUAACUUUUGAGGAUCUACUAAUUUCUUAGAUACUUCGAGUAAUUUUCGUUUUAUUUUAUAAGGUCCAAU